CGGCUGAGCAAGCAAGUGACGCAACCCACGGGAUCAAAACAGGAAAUAUGCUGGUCAAUUUCUCCUCAAAAACCAACUGCAGCAUUCUGCAGAUUAUCUCGACAAUGCAAAGAAAGUGUGUUAUCCAGUAUAUACAUCUUAAAAAUGACCACAUGGUCCUGAAAAACAUUAUUUGGAUGUACGUCGAGAUAAUACCCGCUGUUUUUGAAAGAUAAAGUGGCUAGCUAGAUUUCCAAGUCACUCUUAGGCUUUUGCUAGCACACUCAACUGUGUUGAAAUGAUCCAGGUAUCAUCCAGACGUAUGGGCUGAACAUUACCAUAUAUAGGCCUGGUGACUGCGGUGCGGCUGGAGUUGCAGACCACCCCUGCGCCUGAGAAAUGUAAACUGACAGGCAGUCAUUAACAGAUCGAGGCCGGAAGAGGACAGUCAACAAAACAGAUCACUUGACAACAUUAUCAAGCUAACCCAACCACUAAACAUGUCAUCCGAACAAAUAAUCGUAAUUGUCAUGGAUGACAAAACGUACAACGUCAACAAAGGCAAGUUGAUAGAAAAAAGCGACUACUUCCGUGCACUGUACAGCUCUGGGAUGCGCGAGUCCAGAGAGGAUUCAGUGCAACUGCAGGGGCUGAGUGUGCCAGGGCUCGAGCUGGUCCUGGAGUUUAUCAACACCUCCAAAGUGAAAGUAGUCAACGAGACCCUGGAAGACCUCAUUGAGACUGCAUCUUUUUUGCAAGUCACCUCUAUCCUAAAACUCAUUUCGUCUGAAAUUCGAAAAGAGAAUUGUGUGGAACUCUACAGCCUAUCUGAGGUAUAUGGAACUCAUGAUCUACGCAACGCUUGUCUCAGAUAUAUGAGCUGUCACUACCACCCGAUGCUGCGGAGACCAGAGUUCAGCGACUUACCUGUUGCUCUGCGCCACCAGGUUAGAGAGAUGCGUAUGAAAGGCACGGCCACUCUGGUGGCUAUCGGACUCUUCACCUGUUUGGCUCUGGACCUACCAGACCAGGACGAGCCCUGGUCCAUGCUGAGGUAUGGGGAAGUGGAGCAGCGCUGGAAGCCGCUCGCUAACAACCUGCCCUCUGACAUGGUCAAUGUGAGAGGCUACGGCUCAGCCGUGUUGGACAACUACCUGUUCAUUGUCGGUGGGUACAGAAUGACCAGCCAGGAGAUCUCAGCGGCACACUGCUACAACCCCUGUAGAAAUGAAUGGAACCAGGUAGCCCCCCUGAACCAGAAGAGGUCCAACUUCAAGCUGCUGGCGGUACGAGGGAAGCUGUAUGCAGUGGGAGGCCAGUGUCAGGGCACUGUGGAGUGCUACAGCCCUGAGCAGGACUGGUGGACCUGCGUGUCGUCACUACCCGACCCCCUGGCAGAGUUCUCUGCCUGCGAGUGCCAGGGCAUGAUCUACGUCAUGGGAGGAUAUACUGCCAGAGACAGGAAUACCAGCGUACUCCGCUACUGCCCCACCUCUGACAGUUGGACAGUGUUCCGCUCCUGCUCGGCCCACGUGCGUAAGCAGCAGAUGCUCUCGGUGGAAGAUACCAUCUACCUGGUAGGGGGGUACACCCACGAGCUGGAGCCGGGUCCGGGGCGGCGGGCCAGCCAGACGGAGGACAUGCUGACGGUUCAGUCUUAUAACGUGACCACGGGGGAGUGGCUCCACCUGAAGGACAACACCUCCAAGUCGGGCCUGAACCUCACGUGCACGCUGCACAACGACGGCGUCUAUAUUAUGUCGCGCGACGUCAGCCUGCCCACCAGCCUGGAGCACCGCGUCUUCCUCAAGUACAACAUCUUCUCAGACGCCUGGGAGGCCUUCAGACGCUUCCCCGCGCUGGGCCAGAAUAUGCUACUCUGCUCCCUCUAUCUGCCCAACGUUCUAUGAGCGUUGCGGAUGGAAUGUAGGAUGUUUAGUUGAUGCCAGUGGUCGUACAGUCCAAAGACUAUGUCAUAUGCCACAAGAGGCUUGUUUGUGCCUGCUGCGGCUACAUAGCUCCCAUGAAGAGAAGUGGUAACGGUAGAGCUGUAGAUGGCUGCAGUAGGACACGGUGUGGCCACAUCCCCGUUGGUGGGACAAAAUCUAGAAAGACACCGCUUGUUACAUUAUUUAAACCUUAAAGUAGCUACAAGCACAGGCAAAAUAACAAUCCUGCAUUGUGGGUCAAUGUCUAAGUUUGCAUAGCAGCAUUGGCCUACUAUCGAGAUCCAUUUUCGGAUUCUUUGAUUAGAAGUAGACUUGAAUCAUAUAGAACAUUCCCUAUUGUUUACACUGCACAUUAAAAAUAUAUCGAUAUGCAAAAAUCUUCGUCUUAGUAUUCACUACAAACCUUAAACGCUAAUGCAAAUUAGUAAUAGAUUUAAUACAUGUCAUAUUGGAUAUUGAAGAAAUUUUGUAGCUAAGAAGUGGCUUUGGUUUUACACUGCCGGUUUUGCAAUGGGCGAUUUGAAGAAUUGAAAUAAAAUGCUAAGCUGAUGCCGGACCACAGUUAAUACUGUAACUAAACAAAUGUUUUAACUCUUGCGUGUGAAGAAAAAUGGUAGAAUCAUGAGUGGAUGAAAUUGAGUAAUUCAUUGACUGGAUUUAACUUAUGAACAUUGUUUAGAAAACAAAUGCUAAGCUCAGCAGCAGUACAGUUGAAUGAAAUGGAUAAGGAACGUGCCUUCUCCCUCACCUGGGGGGAUUUUGUACAGAUGAACAAGAGUUGAAUUGUAAGUGACCAACCAAAACUGUGUUUUUUCCCCCCCUUUUCCCUGUUGAAUUAUCAGGAAAGAGCUUUCACUAGGGUACGUUAAGGACAAAUUGAUGAAACACAAUGAGAAUGUAGUUUUGGUUUAAAGGUAGACACUCAGCGAUAUGAAGCAGAAAAGUAAACAACAUAGUAGGUCAAUUUCCACAACUAAGAAGCGUAGAAGCCUGAGACUCGACUUCUCAGCUAUUUUGGUGCCCUGGCUACCAUGCUGUGAACAGCGUGACGCGAACCCGUGCACAGAUACUGUGUGUGACUGUCGCUCAUCUCUAUAUCUCCGGUGCUGUUUGUGGCAACGUAACUUUGCUGAGUCUACCUUUAAUUAAAGGGGAUUUACAAACCUUUUCUCUGGAGAUAGACUGUGUUCAUACAAGCUUUCUGCUGAUAAUACAGCUACGUUGUUUGGCUCCUAAAGAUGUGUUGGAGUUUGAUUAAUGUACUGUAUAUUGUUUUGUCACCUCUGGUUUUGUUCUGACAGAUGCCUUGGACUUUGACUUAAAAGAAUAAAGAAAAUAUUCAGGGA